CAGACCUCGGAAACAAGGUGAGAGAAGCAUUCUGGAGUGUGUAAAAGAGGAGUGACUAUUGUGACUAUGACUAAUGACUGAUAUAUUUUAUAUAUCUCAUUGAGAUUAAGAUUUUAGAGAUUUUGAGGUUACUCAUGAAUGAUCAAAAUUAAGGAUCAAAAAGAGAAAGAAAGAAAGAAAAGACACCAUUUCACUUUUUACUUGGAUAUCCACUGAAGACCUUCUAUAACAGACUGAGAUUCCUGUCAUUUGAAAAUGAAGUGCUACCUGAGAGAGAUGCUCAGAAACUACCUGGCCAAACGCAGGCUUUGUCAAAAACGCUUGGUGACGAAGGAUGGCCACUGUAACAUUGAAUAUGGCAACGUGAGGUACAGCAACUUCUUUGCCUAUUUGCUAGACUUCUGGACCACCUUUGUGGAGAUCCGUUGGCGCUUUGUUUUUGUUUUCUUUGUGGCCUCAUUCACUCUCAGCUGGUUCAUAUUCGGAGUCCUAUGGUAUUGGAUUGCCUACAGCAAUGGAGAUUUGUCAUGGCAAAAUCCAUCACAUAACCACAAAGUAUGUAUAAUUAAUCUCCAUGGACUGACCACUGCCUUCCUCUUCUCCCUGGAAACACAGUCAACUGUGGGGUAUGGGGGACGAGAUAUCACCCCAAACUGCCCUAGUGCUAUUGUUCUCAUCAUUAUCCAGAUUCUUGUGGGUGCAAUCAUUAACUGCUUCUGGUGUGGAGUGGUUAUGACCAAAAUUUCUCUGCCCAAGAAAAGGGUCAAGACCAUAGCAUUUAGUGAGAUGGCAGUUAUCUGUCCAAACAAAGGAGUCCUCUGUUUGCAGAUAAGAGUGGCUAACUUGCGUAAAUCUUUGAUGAUCGGCAGCCAGAUAUAUGGAAAGCUGCUUAGAACAACAGUAACUCCUGAAGGUGAAACCAUCAUCCUGGACCAGGUCAAUGUUGACUUCAUGGUAGAUGUUGGAAAGGAUAACCUUUUUUUUGUAUGCCCCUUGACCUUAAAUCAUGUGAUUGACAAGACAAGUCCCUUCUUUGAGAUGUCAGUGGAGACUUUAAAUCAACAGGAGUUUGAGCUGGUGGUAUUUCUGGAUGGAAUGGCUGAGUCCACCAGCUAUUCCUGCCAGGUCAGGACUUCUUACCUACCUCAGGAAAUUAUGUGGGGCUACAAGUUUCUGCCCAUCAUCUCCCGCAGCAAGGAGGGAAGGUAUCGUGUGGACUUCUCCAAUUUUGCUAGAGUGGAGCCAACAUUGACUGCCAGCUCAGCUAGAUGCGUCAGUAAUGAUAACUACCAUUAUAACUGCUCCACAAAUGGCUUUGAAAAUCAUGGCGUUGUGGUUAUCAACAUUGACAAUCCUAUCAAUAGUAAAAUGUGAAUUUUGAGGGUUUAUCUCUGGAGGUUUUGAUUGUUUUGAUUCACUUCCUCUGUUUGUGAAACACAGAGAUAUGAAGUCUCCAUAAUACCCUAUAUUUCUAAUUAUAAAUAUUAAUAUGAAGAGUUAUUAAAAUUGUAAAAAGUCAGGAAAUAGCUGACUUUUAUAGUAUCUUUAUAGUAUACAAUGUUAAUUGAUUUUAUAACAUGCACACAACCUGGUUUUGGUUUAUGGUAUUACAAUACAA